AUGGCAAACACAAACUAUCAAACUGUAAAACUUGACGAUAAAUUCGGAUAUGGUACAAUGAGUCUUACAUGGACUCCAAAUCCACCUCCAUUUGAACAAUCGAUCGAAACGAUCAAAUACGUAACAACCAGUGAUAUUGGUACUAAGUUGCUCAAUGGGGGAGAAUUUUAUGGUAUGGAAGAUAAGGAACUUAAUUUGAAGUUGAUUAAACAGUUUUUGGAAUCCAACGAUCCAAAAUUGAACUCGGAAUUAGUUAUUUCUAUCAAAGGUGGCUUAAAAGAGGACUUAGCCCCUGACGGAUCAAAAGAAGGUGUUUCCAAAUCAAUUGAAAAUAUCAUCUCCUAUUUUCCUCAAGAUAAGGCCGUGAGACCAACUCUAAUCUUUGAAGCAGCUAGGGUUGACCCAACGGUGCCAAUUGCACAAACAGUAUCAUAUAUUGCUGAUUAUGUGAAACAAGGAAAGAUCGAUGGAAUCUCUCUUUCAGAAGUUGGAGCUCAAUCUAUUGCAAAGGCGUCCGAUGAGUUUCCUAUUUCUUGUGUCGAAGUUGAAUUUUCAUUGUUGUGUCAAGACAUAUUAAGCAAUGGUGUAUUAGAAGAAUGCUCGAAACGUAACAUUCCAAUUAUCGCUUAUUCUCCUAUUGGCAGAGGCAUUCUUACUGAUUCUACUGUGGAUAAUGCUGACACUUUCUUGUCACUGUUGGAUAAAAAUGAUUUCAGAAGAUUAUUUGACAAAUUCAAUCCUGAAAACUUCGAACAUAACAUGGUCUUAGUAAAAGAGUUGCAUAAGUUUGCACAUACUAAGAAGAAUACAUCCUUAGAAUCCUUAUCUCUCUCUUGGAUUUUGAAGAUUUCCGGAAUUUCAAAUUUCGAAGGUAUUAAACAAGUAACUAAGAUUUUGCCAAUUCCAAGUGGGUCUACUAAGGAAAGAAUCAACAAGAAUUUUGGUGAAAUUGUUGACUUGACAGAUGACGAUUUAGCUGAAAUCCAGAAGAUUUGUAAGUCCCAUGAAAUAAAGGGCUUAAGAUACAAUAAGCACAUGGAAGCUUUGAAUUUUGCCUAA